AUAAUGUGCAAUUGUUGAGUGUACCUUUGGAUAAGUUAUAGUCUCUAAAGUCUGAGCAUUUCGUGUUUUCUUGUGCUCCCAAAAUGUUUUGUCCUCUCAGGCUCAGAAUAAAUCUCGCCUUCUUCAAGGCAAAGAUCUCAUCAUUUUUAAAGUCCCAACAACAUAUAGGAAACUAUAGAUGUUUAAUACACUGGAAAAGAAUGAGAAAAAAGCAAGACUAGAGAUUGAAAUGGCUAAUAUAGAUUUGGGGCUAGUGUUGAUUAGAAUGAUUUAGGGCUAGUCUGUUGCCACCUGGGUGGCUAAUUUAGUUACCAGAAAAUAAAGAAGCCAUUUGCAUAUAUUAGUCACAUUGUAGCAGGUAUAGUUUAGUGGUAAAAGCGUGAUUUGUUCCCACGGAUUGAGAGGGAGCAUGAACACUAAGCAUGUUCAUGGAUUUCCACACUUUGAUUUUCCUGCUCUACAUGCUGUAUUGAUCUUUGCCACUUACACACUCUAGAGUCUAGCCUGAAAACUGUUUGUUGUAAUGAAUUGUUCUGUUAAAAGCGUCUGGAUAUUUCCUUUUUCAGCAAACUGAUUAGAAUAUAUUUACUAGUUCUCCAAUGUCAUGAUAAAACUUACAGGACAGGUCUGUUUCACACACUCUACACACAUUUACACACUAUAUUUGACGUAGAAUGUCAGGUGUACCAUAUCAUAGAAUUAGGAACAGAUAUCUGCAACUUCGCUGUUAUGUGUUGAUGAGGAUUAGUUCAUGCCAAAAUUUCUAUACCUAGAAUUUAGAAAAAUAGCAUACUAAAAAAAAAAAAUCAGUAAGCUCAGUAGUGCCUCAAAGGUAUAUACCAUAUUCUAACGGUUUAGCUUUUCUGUCUUUCUGAUAUUCUGUCAUUUUCCUUAGAUUCUUGAAACAAUCUUAAAACCUAAAACUGAAUCCCUAACAAUCACAUAAGCUUGGUUUUCGGCAUCAGUUAUCCUACAAAGUCCCAUAACAUUUGAACAGUUGUGCCGUACAAUUAUCAGGCCACCGAACCCAAAUAACAUAGAAAUGUUGAUGAAUGAUGAGAAAGUAUAUACAAAACUUAGAAAAGUAGAAUGAAGAAAUUCGGUUACUAAUAACUUGUUAAGCACCAACCAGAGCUUUGCCCAGAAAAGAAAUGCACCAUAAUCAAGAUUUCAGUUACUCUUACAACAACAAGCAAGUUACUGCAAUGAACAAUGUUAUUCAUGAUAUGUUCAUCAUGUCAUUUCCUUAGUAUCUCUGAAACAAUCUUGAUAUUUGAAACUCAAAGCAACACAGUGCAACUGCUUGCGGAUCUGUUAUUUGAUCCCAACAGUUGGUCCAAUAUAGAACAGUUUCAUACAUUAAACAGGUUUACGUGUCAUAUGUUGAACCUUGAACCAUUCUGACCUCGCCCCUUACUGAAUCUUCCGACAGGAUGCCCAUAUAUACAGUGUCAAAGGCUCUUUGAUUCUUCGGAGACAAACUCCUCAUAUUAGGACAAAAUCCGAUUCUUAACCUCUUGAAAGGAGGUUUUUGCUAUUGAAUCUCCUCAUAUUAGGACAAAAUCCAAUUCUUAACAUCUUUAAAGGAGGUUUUUGCUAUUGAAUUUCGGACAACUUGAUAGUCGAGGCAAGGUGGUAGAUAACAGAAGUUGCUAAAAUAGCAAAACUCAUCUGAUUCCUCCAAGAAGCGGCCUAAUCUUAAAUAUUAUAGUGUGGAACUCUGUACUGGGGAAAAUAUCUGGUUUAACAGAGAGCAUAAGUCCUGCAACUGAAAGAUGUUUUAGACCAAUGCGGCAAGCCGGCAAUCAUGUACAUAUACGCUGUCAACAGAGACGUCAAGGGUCAGACGUUUUAACUCCUCGUUAUGUCUAUCACCUUCGAUUUAGGAAGGUGGCUUAGUGGUGUGGAAGUACAUCAAAUCUUUUGCAACUCAAGGUGAUUUUCACCAUGUUAGUCACCAGUCACCACUAUAAUCCAUGAUGCAAGCUUCUUUCCCUUAAAGUCUUCAAUAGUUAACUCUUUCAGAUUAGGCAUAUCUGCUCUGAGUCUGUCGACUCAAUAAACACACAAACUGGUUUUUGAGGUGAGAUCACACAGAAAUGGCUGAUUGGGGACCCGUGGUGAUCGCAGUGGUGCUCUUCGUGCUGUUGACACCAGGGCUGCUGUUCCAGCUUCCGGGUAAAAGUAGAGCCAUAGAGUUUGCAAACUUUCAGACCAGCGGCGUGUCCAUAUUUGUUCACACAAUCAUUUUCUUUGGCUUGAUUACCAUCUUCCUUAUUGCAAUUGGUGUCCAUAUCACUACUGGAUAACCCCCAAAUUUAUGACACCCCUCCCAUUUCUUUCACUUAGCUGCAACUUGCUAGCAACGAGUACUGAUAUAUGUAGCUUUGCAUUAUAAUUUAUGUUGUCUUGCUUAUUUUCAACCUUUUGGAUUCAUUGAUUGUGAUAAUUCUGUUUAUGAUGCAUCUUGUCAUUUGUGAUAACCGAAUCUGAUGUUAUUUGAGUUUUCUUUAAUGCAAUGCAGCAAUUUGUAGGCUUUUAGCUAGUCUACCA